AUGUCAUUUUCCGACGCCGAAAAGCUGCAACCUGGCAGUACGUCGAGACCAGUCCCUCCAGCUGGUCCUAUGGAUGGAGAGUUAGAGGAUAUUAGACCGAAUCGACUGGCUCGAAAAUUGUCCCCUAGACAAGUUCAGAUGAUUGCCAUUGGGGGUACUAUAGGAACAGGGCUAUACUUGGGAACAGGCGAGGCGCUCGCAACUGGAGGACCCGCGUCGACACUGUUGGCAUAUACUAUCUGCGGUGGCAUUGUUUUCCUUACCAUGCUCUCUUUGGGAGAGAUGGUAGCAUUUAUGCCUGUUGCAGGCUCGUUUUGCACCUUCUCAGGGCGUUUCGUCGAUGAUGCACUUGGAUUCGCCUUAACGUGGAAUUACUGGGCAAAUGACGCUGUCUCCACAGCUUCAGACAUUAUAGCAUUGCAAGUCUUGCUGGAAUAUUGGACGAAGCAUUUUCCUGGCUGGGGUUUAAGUCUCAUUUGCCUUGCGCUCGUUCUGACCCUGAAUAUCUGCUCAGUCAGGGUCUUUGGAGAGAUCGAAUACUGGCUGUCAUUACUGAAAGUCCUGACCAUCAUUGUCUUCAUCAUUGUCGGGAUUGCUGUGAACUGUGGCGCUAAUACUGACCAAACAUACCUGGGCGCUAAAUACUUCUACACCGGGGACGCGCCCUUUGUCGGGGGGAUUGGAGGCUUCGCUUCCGUUUUUGUGACAGCUUCCUUCGCUUAUGGCGGAACCGAAAAUGUGGCCGUUACAGCUGGCGAGACACGGAAUCCAUCUCAGACCUAUCCUCGUGUCAUCCGCAAUGUCUUCUGGCGCAUUCUUCUCUUCUACGUGGUAUCUAUCAUCAUCAUCGGUCUCGAUAUUCCUUACAACUAUCCUGGUUUAUCGACAGAGAGUGCUUCAACCAGCCCUUUCACUAUUGUCUUCAACAAAGCCGGCAGUACCGUGGCGGGCAGCUUUAUAAAUGCUGUAAUCAUGACCAGUGCAAUAUCUGCUGCCAAUCACGCCCUCUUCGCCGGCGCACGCCUUCUCUACACCCUUGCCAUUACCGGUCAUACUCCCGGUGGUCGUUUCUUGGGCCACCUUAACCGAUUCAAUGUCCCAUGGGUGUCAGUCCUUUCGACCGCAGCCAUCAGUGCCCUCUGCUUCGGGGCAAGUAAGAUUGGUGCCGGUCAGGUCUGGUCGUGGCUGCAGAAUCUGGUGGGGGUGUCAAACCAGAUAUCCUGGUUCUUCAUCUGCCUGACUUCGCUGCGUUUCCGGUCCGCCGUCCGACAUCAGAGCCUCGAACACCUGCUACCUUUCAGAAAUUUCACGUAUCCGUGGGGCCCGGCGCUCGCUGCCGGGUUGAAUCUCUUUCUGGUACUCAUACAGGGCUGGAAAUCCUUUAGCCCAAGAUUCGAUGCCGCUGGGUUCGUAUCAUACUAUAUUGAGCUCCCAAUCAUGGGCUCCCUAUUCUUGAUUUGGAAGCUUUACAAGAGAACCAAGCUUGUUCCUCUUGGUGAGAUUGACUUGGAAACGGACCGAUACCAGCGGGAAGAUAAUGUUGAUGAUCGCGGCUUGCAUGUCUCCGAGGGAUGUCCGAACAAUGUUCGGCUAAGGUGUGUAACAUGGUUGUUAGCUUUCCUCAAAGGAGUCAGACGCUGGAUGUUUUGA